GGGUGCUGGUGGUGCUGUAUCUGGGAGUAAGUUUCCAAGAACGAGAGAGCCUGCACGCUUGCUUGCUAGCUACUCGGCUCGCCCCCCAUCUCACCCCCCCAAGUGGAGAUUGGUCGCCUUGUCGGAUUGCCCAGGCACUUGUUGCCGAAACAGCCAAGGCUCCGGGUCCAGAGGGUGGUGAAGGAGAAAGACACAGGGGCAAGGAGACCCUGAAGGAGUCACCAGCGGUCUCAAUCCUGAAACAGACCCAGGUCUCUUCUUCCCACCUGCCCAGCAGCAUGUGAGCAGCAUGACUGGCCAGCUGCAGGAGAAGCCCCCAGAGCCAGGACCCCGACACAGCCACCCGCUACCAAGGUCAAGGUGUGAAGGACGUUCGCCCACCACAGUGGUGUCUGGUCCGUACCUCAGCCUGGGUGAGGAUGUAGGCACCUCGGCUCUGCUGAUGACUGGUUCAAGCCAACAGGGACCCCUGCCUCCAGCCACCCUCACAGACAUGUCAGCCGUGGAGUAGGGUGGACGCUUUCUCUCAUCUUCUCAGGGUUUCAAGAUUUUUUUUUCGAUUUUCUUCAUUUCCUCUUUUUGUGUGUGUGUGUUUUUGAUUUUUAUUUUGUGGCUGAACAUUCAUAACCAAGGAGGCCAUCAUGGGGGACCAGCAACUGUACAAGACCAAUCACGUGGCCCACGGUGGUGAGAACCUCUUCUAUCAACAGCCACCCCUUGGUGUUCACGGCGGGCUGAGCCACAGCUAUGGGAAUACAAUCUCCGGGGCUGGAAUGGACGCCCCACAGGCCUCACCCAUCUCGCCUCACUUCCCUCAAGAUACUCGGGAUGGUCUCGGCUUGCCUAUUGGCUCCAAAAACCUUGGCCAGAUGGAUACCUCCAGGCAGGGAGGAUGGGGAAGUCAUGCGGGACCUGGGAACCAUGUCCAGCUUCGUAGCAACUUGGCCAACUCAAACAUGAUGUGGGGGGCACCGGCUCAGGUGGAGCCCACAGAUGGCUACCAAUACACUUAUUCCCAGGCCAGCGAGAUCCGGACCCAGAAACUCACCAGUGGUGUUUUGCACAAGCUGGACUCUUUCACCCAGGUGUUUGCCAACCAGAACCUGCGGAUUCAGGUCAACAAUAUGGCCCAGGUGCUGCACACCCAGUCAGCAGUGAUGGAUGGAGCCUCUGACAGUGCCCUCCGUCAGCUGCUAUCUCAGAAGCCUGUGGAGCCCUCAGCAUCAGCUAUAGCUUCCCGCUACCAGCAGGUGCCCCAGCAGCCUCACCCUGGUUUCACAGGUGGACUGCCCAAGCCAGCCCUUCCAGUCGGGCAGCACGCUCCCCAAGGGCACCUGUAUUAUGACUACCAGCAGCCCCUGGCCCAGAUGUCCAUGCAAGGAGGACAGCCACUGCAAGCCCCUCAGGUGCUGUCCAGCCAUAUGCAACCGUUGCAGCAGCACCAGUAUUACCCACAGCCAACGCCUCAGCAGCAGCAAGCCGGACUGCAGCGGCUCUCCAUGCAGGAGACGCAGCAGCAGCAGCAGAUGCGCCCCUCGCCGCCUCAGCAGCAGCAGCAGCCACAGCUCCAGCUGCAGCAGCGGCAGAGUUCACUGCAGAUACCUCAGUAUUAUCAGCCACAACCCAUGAUGCAACACUUGCAAGAGCAGCAGCAGCCAGCCAUGCACCUGCAGCCCCCUUCGUACCACAGGGACCCUCAUCAGUAUACCCCGGAGCAGGCACACGCUGUCCAGCUCAUCCAGCUGGGCUCCAUGCCACAGUAUUACUAUCAGGAACCUCAGCAGCCCUAUAGCCACCCCCUCUACCAGCAGAGCCACCUGUCCCAGCACCAGCAGCGUGAAGACAGUCAGUUGAAGACAUAUUCUAGUGACAGACAGACCCCGGCUAUGCUGAGUUCCCAUGGGGACAUGGGACCUCCUGAUACAGGGGUGGCAGAUCCAGCAAGCUCAGAAAUGACCCGGGUCACUAGUACCCUUCCUCACCAACCGCUCCUGUCCCCCAGUGGGAUCCACCUCAACAAUAUGGGGUCUCAGCAUCAACAGCCGUCUCCCAGUGCAAUGUGGCCCCAGAUGCACUUACCUGAUGGGAGAGCUCAGCCUGGAUCCCCGGAAUCAAGCAGCAGCCAAACCAAAGGAGUGUUUGGGGAACAGUUUGAUGCCAAGAACAAGCUGACAUGUUCCAUCUGCCUGAAGGAGUUCAAAAGCCUGCCUGCCCUGAAUGGCCACAUGCGGUCCCACGGGGGAAUGAGGGCCUCCCCCAGCCUCAAACAGGAGGAAGGAGAGAAGGCCCCACCACCUCAGCCUCAGCCUCAGCCUCAGCCCCAGCCGCCACUGCCACCUCCGCCUCCGCCGCCACCGCAGCUCCCUCCUGAGGCAGAGCGCCUCACGCCUAUGGUCAUGCCCGUGUCUGUCCCUGUCAAGCCUCUCCCAGCUCCCAAGCCCAGCUCUCAGGGCUUCACCAACAGCGUCGCUGCCACCCCUUCGGCCAGAGACAAGCCAGCCAGCUCGAUGUCGGACGACGAGAUGCCUGUGCUCGUGAGGAUGACCCUGUCCCCCCCUCACUCUCCCCAAGGGGCUGCCCCCCGUGCGCCUGCUGAAAUCCCCCGGAAACAUCCACCCAUCACCGCCAAAGUUGAGGAGCCCCUCAAGACCCUACCAGAGAAGAAGAAGUUCCGGCACCGUCCUGAGCCCCUCUUCAUCCCACCACCGCCUUCUUCCUAUACUCCCAACCCCACCUCUUACUCGGGGGCCACCCUGUACCAGAGCCAGCUGCGGUCCCCACGCAUCCUAGGGGACCACCUGCUCCUGGACCCCGCCCACGAACUGCCCCCCUACACGCCGCCACCCAUGCUGAGCCCCGUGCGCCAGGGCUCAGGGCUCUUCAGCAAUGUCCUCAUCUCUGGCCACGGCCCUGGAGUGCACCCCCAGCUGCCCCUCACUCCCCUCACGCCCACGCCACGCGUGCUGCUAUGCCGUUCCAGCAGCAUCGACGGCAGUAACGUGACAGUCACCCCAGGACCUGGAGAGCAGACUGUGGAUGUUGAACCACGCAUCAACAUUGGCUUAAGAUUCCAAGCAGAGAUCCCAGAACUGCAAGAUGUCUCUGCCCUGGCUCAGGACACACACAAGGCCACACUGGUAUGGAAGCCGUGGCCUGAGCUGGAAAACCAGGCCCUUCAGCAACAAGUGGAGAAUCUUCUGAAUUUGUGUUGUUCCAGCGCUCUGCCAGGUGGAGGGACCAAUUCAGAAUUUGCUUUGCACUCUCUCUUUGAGGCCAAAGGUGACGUGAUGGCUACCCUGGAAAUGUUGCUGCUGCAGAAGCCAGUCAGGUUAAAAUGUCAUCCUUUAGCAAAUUACCACUACGCCGGUUCUGACAAGUGGACAUCCCUAGAGAGGAAACUGUUUAACAGAGCGCUGGCCACUUACAGCAAAGACUUUAUUUUUGUACAGAAGAUGGUGAAGUCCAAGACAGUGGCUCAGUGCGUGGAGUACUACUACACUUGGAAGAAGAUAAUGCGGCUAGGGCGGAAACACCGGACACGCCUGGCGGAAAUCAUCGACGACUGCAUGACCAGCGAAGAGGAAGAGGAGGCCGAGGAGGAAGAAGAGGACCCAGAAGAAGAUAGGAAAUCCAUAAAAGAAGAGGAGAGUGAAGUGCCCAAGUCGCCAGAGCCACCGCCCGCCCCUGCCCUGGCUCCCACUGAGGGACCACCCAUGCAGGCUGUUGGCCAACAGCCAUCAGGCUCCUUCAUUUGUGAGAUGCCCAACUGUGGGGCUGUGUUCAGCUCCCGACAGGCACUGAACGGCCACGCCCGCAUCCAUGGUGGCACCAACCAGGUGGCUAAGACCCGUGGUACUGUCCCCUCUGGGAAGCAGAAGCCAGGUGGCACCCAGAGUGGGUACUGCUCAGUGAAGAGUUCACCAUCUCACAGUACCACCAGUGGAGAGACAGACCCCACCACCAUCUUCCCCUGCAAGGAGUGUGGCAAGGUCUUCUUUAAGAUCAAAAGCCGGAAUGCGCACAUGAAAACCCACCGGCAGCAAGAGGAGCAGCAGAGGCAGAAGGCUCAGAAGGCGGCUUUUGCAGCAGAAAUGGCAGCCACCAUCGAGAGGACUACGGGGCCGGUGGGGGCACCCGAGCUGCUGCCCCUGGACCAACUGAGUCUGAUGAAACCAGUCAAGGACGUGGACAUCCUGGAUGAUGAUGUGGUCCAGCAGUUAGGCGUCAUGGACGAGGCUGAGGUGGUAGGCACGGAUCUCCUCUUGGAUGACCAAGAUUCAGUUUUGCUUCAGGGUGAUACAGAACUCUAAACCCCCGUUAAUCACCUAGAGACACAGAAGCCACGGCCUCCACCUCUGUCGUCUGCAGAAACUGGACUUCCUGCUCCUUUGGAAACCCUUUUAAACUACCUGUUUAAAAAGUGGUCCUUUUCUUCAGGUUAAGGGAGGGGAAAAUCCAGUUCUUUCUCUUUUACCUUCUUUUACAUUGUUUUUGUUGGGGGUUGGGGGGAAUAAAAAAUUGGCACAACUAUCUUUAAGAGGUGUCUCAUCUGGGCUAUGUUCUCCUGAGGCCGUUCCCCUCGGGAUGAGCUUCACCUUCGUGUUGCUUUGCUUUCAGAUGUCAGCCACCCGGGUUGCCUUUUAUCUCCAAACUUGCUGUGAGUGAGUGUGUGUGUGUGUGUGUGUGUGUGUGUGUGUGUGUGUGUGUGUGUGUAUGUGUAUGUAUGUGUAUGUAUGUAAGUAGGUAGCAGGUUAUCCCAUUCAUUCUGGGACUUUAGGCCAUGUUUUCCCACGAAGAAUUAUUUUAUUCUGUUCUGACCUGCCAGAAAGUUCUCUCUGUUAAAUCAGAAGAAUUAACACCUCUCUCUCUCUCUCUCUCUCUCUCUCUCUCUCUCUCUCUCUCCCUCCCUCCCUCCCUCUCUGUUUUCAACAUGGUCCAUGGCCAGUGGAGUUCUGAACUUACUUUGCACCACUUGAACGUACUGUGAAACCUCUCUCACUCUGACUUGCUCUGACGUGUGCUGGACUGAGGUUUGCCUAGAUGCUAGCUGUGGAGAGAUAGGGCUUUUCCAAACACAUAGAGAUGGCAGAUACAAUUUCAACUGCUUUGAAAGUCAACACAAAUGUGUCCAGAUUCAAGUUUGCUACAAUGCUCGCAUUCAAACAGUGAAUGUAUUUGUUCCAAGUCACUUACCAAAGCGAUUCCAGACUUGUCUAAGCUACACGACUUUGCUCUGUCCCUGACAGCAGGGGACGCCAUUUGUACUGAAGGCAAUAAACCUGUAAUCGGACAAAAAUGUCAUUGCCUAGGCUUUCGUUCUGAGUUGGGCUGACCCCUCCCACCACUAGUGCACAGUCAGACUGGACCACUCCCCCUGGCACAGAGGAUGCCCGUCAGCCUCCCUUGAUCACGGCCCAUGGCCUCCAGGCCAGGUGUCUCUAGUUCCUAACCCUCCUUGAGUAGACUCCCCAGUUCUGUGUAAGUGUAGCUGUCAUGCCUGGCCACUGUGCUGGCUCGUGAUCAGCCUGGCAUUAGAGUAUCCUAGUGGAGGAGUAAGGUUGGACACCGUUCACAUUGGAUUCUACAAAACCAUUUGGCACAUACUCGGGGCCAGGGCACCGCAGCCCCCUCUCAGGCAGUGGCUUCUGAGUCUCAGGAAAGCCACAAACAGAAAACUAUUUACAAAGAUUCUUUUCCUGUCCAUCACUGUUUUUACAACUAUCUUGAGGUCCUUCUUAGAUGGGGGGUGGAGGGUACAUCUUCCUUGCUGUCGUUUGGAGGGUUGUCUAGCCUGUGUGUGACCUCACAAGUGUUGCUUUAAGAACUCCCUGGGCAUUGUGCAUGAGAUUCCUUUAAAACCAUUCCAGCUGCCGCUCCUCAGCAGACCCCAGGGCCCUGUCUGUCGUGGUGUCUGCUUAGCUACAGAAAAGAGCAAAUGCCCAGAGAACUUGAGGAAGUUCGUGUCCUCCUCCCGCUUGGGGAUUUGCCCAGUUUGAAACCUUAGAAAACAAGCUGACCUACCACCGCCGGUAUCCAAUGCACAGUUCAUUUUGAUUUGUCAUGCAGAAUAGCAUAAGGAAUAUUUUGACUUGAAAUAACCAAAGAACUCCUCCUUAAUGAGACAGUUCAGAUACCUGUGUUUGUAUUUCCUGACUAACAGCUUAAAGUUUAAUUGACUUCUGAUUAAAAUAUUGCACUUUUUUUCCGGAAAUGAUUUUACCUGCAUGUGCGUGUUGUGUUUUAGCUGCCCCUUCCCCACCCCCCCCCACCCCUCCCAGGCCCCAAAGAACUUUUCUUCCUGAUGGUUAAUGUCUUCACACAGUUCCCAUUGACUCGUGGUUUUUCAGUGAUGCAUUUAGACUCCCUUUGAGAAAGCUUGUAUAUAAAAAGUUAACAGAUAUAUUUUAUGGAAAAACCCAUCUUAUUUUCAAAUAUAUUUAACUGCUGUUAUAUUUUAUUAGAGGAAGGUUGUACAUAUUUUCUAGGAGUUCUAUUGUAAAGAAAAGUAUUUUUGAAAAAAAAUUAAUGUAAUAAAAAGGAAAACGUUUUUAAAUAGUGGCUGUGACUGCUUCCUGCUCUGCUUCUGUUCUGCUGUGUUCUCGGCCAGUGACCUGCAUGCCUUCAUGUCAGGAUGUAAUUCAGAUUUGCACUAUUCCAAGUUAACAUCGUAAUUUCUGAUGUGCUUAACUGUAUGUUUCCGGAAUGCGGCUCCCUCUGCACAGCCAAGUGCUGUGUGGAGUCUACUUGUGUAUUUUUAAUGCGUGUAUUUUUAAUAAGGAUUUUAUGUAACAUUUUGGCAAAAAAAAAAAAGAAAAAUGAAGAGGACAGUAUUUUCUAAUGAAUUUUAUAAUAACAUUUUGCUAAAAAAAUGUUUCUUCCUAGGUGAGUUUUUGUUAAGGUGAAUCAAACGUCUUAUUUUCCAGGGAUUUAAAAAAAAAAAAAAGUUUGAAGUUGGAAAGCAACGUUCUAUUUAAACAUCACAUGUAACAAAUGAAUAAAGAUGUUUUGUAGACCUGUC